CUCCAUCUUUUCCUUGAAGGAAUAUAUACAAAAACUACUGGAAAACUGAUUUUCCAGAUUGAAAAGAAAGUUAGAGUCUCUGAUUCUUUUCAUGGUAUCAGAGCAAUAGGGUGUCAAGAUCCUUUCUUUAAAGUUUCAGAGGCUCUAUCUUCCUGUUUUGAGUAAUGGCAAAAGAUAAAGGAGAACAAUCUGGAAAUGAGAAUUCCAGUGUGAACCCUUACAAGGAUCCCUUGUUUAUAGCUGUUAAUGAUAAUGGUUCUACUCCAUUAGGAAGCAUAAUUUUUGAUGGAACAAAUUUUAUGAACUGGAGUAAAAGCAUUAGGAUAGCUUUAGGAGCCAAGAACAAACUAGGUUUUCUUGGAGGGAAACAUCCUAAACCUACUUCAGGUGAAGAAGAAAUGCAGAAAUGGGAAAGAUGUGAUUACAUGGUGAGAUCAUGGAUGUUGGCUACCAUGAAAUCAGAUGUGGCAGCAAGUUUGGUGAAUAUGCAAUCCACCAGACAGCUUUGGGAAGAGAUUGUUGAGAGGUAUGCACAGACGAAUGCACCACAACUUUUCUCUCUCAAGAAGGAUCUUUGGGAGCUGCAGCAAAAUAAUCUUAGUGUAAGUGAGUACUUCUGUAAGCUGAAGAGCAUUUGGGACCAAAUUGCAGAUCUGGAAGGGAUACCUGAGUGCACAUGUGGAGCAAUGGCAAAAUGCUCAUGUGAUCUUGCAAAGAAACUGAUGGAAUUACAAUCCACUGAGAGACUGAUAAAAUUUGUGAUGGGUCUUAACAAUGGUUAUGACCAAAUGAAGUCAAAUCUUCUAAGCACUGACCCUUUGGUCACAGUGAACAAAGCCUAUAAUCUGGUUCUUCAGAUUGAGAGGCAGAAGCAGAUUACAGGUGAGAUGACAGCAGCCUUGGAAGCCAGUGCUUUGGCUGUUAACAGACAAAAUCAAAGUAGAAGUUUGGGACCAUUGAAGAAUUUUCAAAAAAAGGACUACUUUAAACAAAUCAAGAUAGAGAAGAUGGCUAGAUCUUGUGAUCAUUGUGGGAAGAAGGGUCACUGCAAGGAAGAGUGUUUCAAGAUUGUAGGAUACCCAGACUGGUAUAAGAAGGGUGCUGAGCAAUUUAAAAGUGCAGCAAAUGUGGAAAUGAUAACACAGGACAACCCUCUUGAGUUCUCAACUCAGAAUGGAGAAGGAUAUGGAGUCAAGCAGGAUAGCAAGUUCAUGAACAACUUGGUCCAAGAAGUCAUCAAAGCAAUGACAGAAAAACAAGGAGAAGCAAGUAGCAGUCAAGCAAACUUUGCAGGACCUUUCCAUUAGGAAAAAUGUCUUUCUUGGGAAACAAGAGAAUGAUCUCUAUAAGCUACACAAAGAUGAUGCAGAGAAGCAUGAUGAAGUUUUAUUGAGGACUACUAAUGAUGAGACUAUGAUGCACUGUAAUAAUGUAGCUAAUCUAGAUGUUAUUCAUGCUAGGCUAGGGCAUGUUUCUUUAUCCAAGAUGCAACACUUAGAUUUUUGCAAAUGUAAGAACCUUAAAGACUACUUUUGUGAUACUUGUUCUAUUGCUAAACACCACAAGCUACCUUUCUCUCCUAGCAAAUCUAUUGCUUCUCACAUUUUUGAUCUAAUUCAUGUGGACCUAUGGGGUCCUUAUAGAACAAAAGCUAUUACAGGUGCUAGCUAUUUUC